AUGUUCGACCAACAAGAAGCUGGUAAAGUUGACCUACUCUACCUUUCCAAGCACGCCGAAGUAUUAGCAGCAAGUUUGAACAAGCAACAGGCUGAAUGUGGCCACCAGAGCACCUCGGUCGAAAUCUCUCAAGUCGCCGCAGAGUUAAAACUUCUCUCCGAUGAGUUGAACAAUCUUAAUGAAGCUAUGCAUGCAAAUCAAGAGCAGUAUACCAGUGUGUUCAGAGAAGACCUCGGGGAGGUCUACAACAAUAUUGAGGGUACCUUGGAAGAUGUCGAGGAUUGCUGCAAGGAGAUGCAGAAGGCCGACCAACGUGGGGCAACCACUAUCGGCUGGCUUCACCGUCAACCAUACGUCAAGAGACUACGCAAACAUCUCGAGGCUAAUAAGACUACCCUGGUAGUCAUGAGGACAGUGCUGCAUCACGGCACAGAAUAUGGACAACAAAGCUCUUCAGAACGUCUCGCAGAAUCAUCUCCACACACCCUCCAAGAGGAUCUGGUCAUUUUACAGUCGGUAUUUGCUAGUAAACAAACCAUCACGGAGCUUGAAGAGUCCACAAAAGAAUCGCAUCAUGAAACCUCGCCUCCUGCUCCAUCAAAGACCGCUACCUUUCAACCUGGGCCCCAUGGUCAAAAUCUGUCUUCUGCCACUGGAGUAGAUACGCCUGCAGUCGAAAACUUUCUACCUCGGACGACUGAAAAGAAGGAAGCGGACUUACUCACACAGAGAUUCUCAAAACGUGGUGUACGUCUCGCGGUGCAUAGUUCGAUCAGGGACCUCGAUGCUCAUGAGAUCCCCGACUCGCUUAAGAAGAGGUGGAUCCACAGAGCCAAGCUUCGACAAAGUAGCAGUUCAUCAGCAGCAGGUCGCCCCUUGACUACCCCACUCAGCAAUAUAUCGGAGUCUGCCUCGACUGCGAGUGAUGAGCGCCGUAAAGGUGCCUUGCUGUCCACCGAUGACGCAGGAAACGAAGACGACGAGGCGAAAGACCCAGAGGUGUCAGAGACUGGUGAACCUUCGAUUGCCCACGUGUCCAAGGCAAAAAAGCGAGGCUUGUCACUACUGGCUAGUCCAGUUGGCAAAAAGUUGGGCAAAGUCAUCACGAAGUUGAGUGCCGCGAAUCUUGGAGAAAGUCGUGCUAGCAAUUCCGGAAGUCAGAAAAAGGACAAGGAAUCUGAAAAAUCAGGCUGGACUUACAAAUUCACCAAACCAUUUGAAAAGUCUGAGUUGACUACCCCCGACUACAAUCAGGAUAUCGAGAACAUGGUCCUGCGUUGA